AUGGACCUCACUCCCAUCAGGAUCCGUGGUCGUCGCAAGCGAGGUCGCGUAUUCCAAAAUACGGACGUGUCCCUCACAAAGCGUGACAGACCAUGGAAGACUGCGCGCUUCAACCAAGCCAGCUCUCAACCCCUGAAGAACAAAAAGAAAACAAAACGAGACCCUACAUUAUCCAAGUUUGAGCAGCUGCCUACCGAACUCGUCCAAGUGAUCUUUCAGCUUUGCAACAACAUAAGCUUGCCUUUGUCGUCGUAUGUCUUUGCUAGAGACUUGUCGUACCGCCAUACCUACCUUCGCCUUGCCAUCGACACCCUUUCCAAGGACGGUAACAAUGAGAACAAGGCUGCGGACGCUGCCGCAGUCUCUCGCAUGUUACAGUGCAAGUGGAUGUCCUGGGACCUGUUCAGAGACGUUGUACAGGAAAUACACAGAAGAAGGUCACCACCAUCACGUAAUUCAUCACCCUCAGACUCAGACUCAGACCCAGACGAUAGCGACAACGACGACGAACAUCCUCCAAUUCCAGUCCCCAACUUCUCUCACCCACAAAACCAACCCCGUCUUCCAUACCUCGCCCUCUCCUCCUCAGUCCAACUCCCCCAAUCCCUCCUUCACGAACCCUGGACGACACCAAAACUCGACUUCCUCAAAUACCUCGUCUGGUCAGGCUGCAGCAUUGACUGGACAUCAUCCUCUCGCGGCGAAACCGCUACCGCAGGCCUCGCAACCGCGAUCUCCACGCACUCUCACACAGCCGUUGCUGUCCUCUGCUGUCCCGCCAUCAACGUUACUCCCACGACUCACCUCCUCAAAAUCGCCGUCAUGGACCACAAAUGCAGUCCUAGCGUUGUAUUUUACUUGGUCGCUGCUGCAUUGCGAGCGCACAUUGUCUCUCGCGCUUCUGGGGAUGCAGCCCCAGAUGUCAACUUCAGGGAUCCGAGUCUGUGGCAUUGGGUCGAGAGGGUGGAGAAGAGUGGGAAUGCGAAGGGGAGGUGGCUGAAGGAUGUGUUGAGGUUUGCGGGGGAUAGAAUGAGGGUGAGUAGUUGGGACCGAGAGGCUUUUGAGGAGUUUAGACGUGUGGGUGGGAGGGAGGAGGAUGGGGUUGUUAGGGUGGAUGUUCCUGUCGUUGAGAUUGUGGAUGAGGAAGAGGCAGAUGCUGCUGCGACGUAG